AUGGGUCGACCAGAUUUCCGUGGUGGUCGUGGUGGUGGCGGAGGACGUGGACGAGGUGGCGGCGAUCGUGGUGGUUUCCGUGGUGGACGAGGUGGUGACCGAGGUGGCCGUGGUACACGUGGCGGCGGUGUACGUGGUGGUAGCCGUGGUCGAGGUGGCCGUGGCGGUGGUGGUGGAAGAGGUGGAGCCGGAGGAAAAAAAGUCGUUGUUGAACCACAUCGUCAUCCAGGAGUAUUCAUCGCUCGAUCAAAAGAUGAUGAUAUGUUAUUAACUAAAAAUAUGGUUGUUGGAGAAAGUGUUUAUGGUGAAAAACGCAUUAGUGUUGAUGGAGAGAAUCAAGAAAAAAUUGAAUACCGUGUAUGGAAUCCAUUUCGUUCGAAAUUAGGUGCUGCCAUUCUCAGUGGUGUUGAUAACAUUCAUAUGCCGCCCGGUACAAAAGUUCUUUAUCUUGGUGCAGCAAGUGGUACAACCGUUUCUCAUGUAUCUGAUAUUGUUGGACCAGAGGGUCUGGUUUAUGCAGUUGAAUUUUCACAUCGAUCUGGUCGUGAUUUAUUGAAUGUAGCAAAAAAACGCACUAAUAUUAUACCAAUCAUUGAAGAUGCACGUCAUCCACACAAAUAUCGAAUGCUUAUUGGUAUGGUUGAUACAAUAUUCGCUGAUGUUGCCCAGCCUGAUCAAGCCCGUAUUGUUGCACUCAAUGCACACCACUUUUUAAAAAACGGUGGAAAUUUUGUUAUUUCAAUUAAAGCAAGUUGUAUUGAUUCAACAGCAUCACCAGAAGCUGUUUUUGCUGGUGAAGUUAAAAAACUUCAAAGUGAAAAACUUAAACCAAAAGAACAACUUACAUUAGAACCCUACGAACGUGAUCAUGCAAUUGUUGUUGGUAACUACCGACCCGUCGGUAAAAGUAAAAGUAAAGAAGACAAUGACAAAAAAGAAUCAAUGGAAGAUUAA